CGCAGCUACGUCACAAUUUUACGACGCUGAAAGUUGAACGAAAGUGCAUUUUCUAUUUUUAACUUAUGAAAUCGUUUUUCCUAUCGUUUAUAAAAAGUUAAAGGCAGUUUUUUUGUUCCUUUGAACAGUUUGAAAAUAAGUUAUAAUUAUAUUUAGAUCCAGAUUGUUUGAUAUUGCAAUAUGUUGGGUUCGGGUGACGGUAGCCACAUUAUCAAACUACGAGGUUUGCCUUUCUCCACGACCGUUGAAGAUGUCCUCGACUUUUUAAGCGGCGUCAAUGUAGUUAAUGAAAAAGAAGGAGUUCAUUUGACUGAAGUUCGACCUGGACGACCAUCGGGAGAAUGUUUUGUAGAGGUCCAAAGUCAAGAAGAUGUCGACGAAGCGUUGAAGAAAGACAAGGAAAACAUGGGAAAGAGAUAUAUCGAAGUAUUUUCUACUGACCGUCAAGACAUGGAAUGGGCACUGAAUGCCAUGCGCCAAAGUGAAAACGGUUUUGAUAGCAUACCCAACGUCUCUGACGACGUAGGCAUUGUUAAAUUGAGGGGCUUGCCUUUCGGUUGCUCUAAGGAAGAAAUUGUACAAUUCUUUGACGGGCUGUCGGUGGCCCCGGACGGGGUGCACUUGCUCUCCGACCACACGGGGCGGGCCUCGGGCGAGGCGUUUGUAUACUUCGUUGACAAGCAGAGCGCUCAAGACGCUCUCAACAGGGACAGGGAGAAAAUAGGACACAGAUAUAUAGAGGUGUUCCUGAGUUCUGCAGAUGAGGUCCGAGCGUACGGCGCUCGUAUGGAGAGCGGUAGCGGGUUCAAAUCCUCGCGGGGCUAUCGACCCACCCCAUAUGAUAGAAAUGAUAGAUACAAUCGCUUUGGAGGCAGGGGACGGGGAUCCUUUGGUGGACGCGGCGGCGGCGGUGGUGGUCGCGGACGGCGCGGCUGCUGCGUGCACAUGCGCGGGCUGCCCUUCAAGGCCACGCCGCAGGACGUCGCCUACUUCUUCAAGCCCAUACGUCCCAUGAACAUAAACAUCCUGUAUGAUAACAGCGGCCGACCAUCCGGUGAAGCGGACGUCGAGUUUGAGUGCCACGAAGAUGCCAUGAGGGCAAUGAGACGGGACAAGAACAACAUGGAUCACCGCUACAUCGAACUGUUCCUAAACUCGUCCCCCGGAAGUAAUUUCAAACCCAAUAGAACUUUCCGGAACUAUUGAUCGUAUGCCUCCAUCCGGAAGGCGAGAAGGUAGUCCGGUAACUCGAGAAAAAAUAUUAACUAAAUAAAUACUUUUUACUGGGGCAAAUGGUUCAAUUAUUUAUAACUCUUAGGUAGAGAUAUUUUUGUAUCUUUUUUCCAAGCUAUCCUUUUAAUUACGUCUUCUUAGGGAUGUGACAUGGCGUAAAAAUUCGAAAAAAAGUAAAGAAAUAAUAAUUUUUGCUGUUGUUUAUAUACUGUUUUACUUGUAAUUCUUGUUGUACAAUAAGUAUAUUUCAUUAAUUCAUUCAUCGAUUAUUAUAAUCAAUAGUUUCUUUCACAUCUGUAAACCUUUUAAAUCUGUUUUAAUAUUUUGUCAUCAUUAUAAAACUACAUCUAGACCACUUUUUUUAAUAAGGGUGUUUCAUCGGCUGUGUAUAAAGUAUAUCCUGCAAAUAAGUUACGGUUAUACUUUAACCGCAGGAGGUCGAGCAGUUCAUUAAGAUCUACGUUUCCUCAAUUAUAGUAACAAAGUACAACUAUUAGAUUUAUAUUCGCUGAUAGAAAUGUUACAUAAGUAUAGUGGAAAUUUUUUUAUCUCUCGGAUAGCGUCAUCCGUCUAAUAGUUAUUCACAACCGGUGGAACAGAACUUCAAACUAGUUUCACCUGAAAUAUAGGUUUUGUUAAAAAUCGUACGUCGGACUACUUUUGUAUACAUUUCUAAAACUACCCUCUGUUUUAGUUUUUUUGUCGUAACAGGGUCAAUAUCUCAUUUCAAUAGUAGACUUGCUACGUUUGAAUAUAAGGUAAAUAAAUAUAUGUAUAAAGAGCGUUUUAUGUAUUCCGUAUAUCUGUAAAUAGAGUAUUUUCACUAGAUUCAUAUUUUUAAAAUUAAAGCACGGUAAAUUUCUAAAAUUAACGUUUUUUGUCUCGUUAUUGAUAAAUUAAUUAUUUUAUUUCACGUUUUUAAGAAUUUUAAUGCAAUGUAUUUAAAAAAAAAUACUAUUUUAGUUGACGUUUGCCACUAAUUUUGCGACUUCACUAUUAGUCAAAGUUCGAAAUUGUUAUAAGAUUAUGGUGUGAUUAUUUGCAAUAAAACAAAUAUGUGUGGUCACAGAUUUUUUAAUUUUGCAAUUCCUUCUAUAUAAUUAUAUAUGUAGAUGUAGGUAAGCUAUAUACUUUAAGUAUUCAUUUUCGUCAUCUGCAUAACGAUAUCCAAAGUAAUUACAAGCCUGUUUUUAACAAAAGAUUAUAUAAAACAAUUAACUAUUGCAUGCUAAGAAGAUUUAUUUUCAAGAAUAUUGUGUCAAUAUUCAAUAAUUUUAUUUUGUUGUUUUAAGGAGUUUCCUUUUUUCUUUUGCAUUUAAUAUAAAUAAGUAUUUGUUUUUAAGCCAUAAACUGUUUGCUAUAAUCGGUUCAAUGCUAUUUUGCUUAUACUCAAUUACAAAACAAAAAAGGGAAGAAAUAUAUAAGGGGGAUGAAUCUAUAACAAAAUUUAGGCAAAAUUUUUUAAAUUUGUAAUUAAGAAAUUGUUACUAAUGUAAAAAAAAAUAAUAAUUAAGGUUUUCAUGUUAUUUAAUAUUUUUUUUAAAUUUGAAGUUGGCUUUUAACUCGAAUUAUAGAAUAAUCCCGCCAAAAUGUAUUUUUUUUAAACCGUGGUCGUGAAUUGUGCGAAGGAACGUGGUCCAAAAUUGAUUUGUACGAAGAUUUAUACAUUUUUCGAUUGUUUUAAACAUUUUCAAAGUUUAAUAUGCAUUGUAAUUACUCGCACAAAGUGAUCGCCGCUUAGAAAAAUGUAUGAAUAACAGUUUGAAAUUUGAUUACAGUACAUUUAUUUUUAAACUUUGGAAAAUAUAAAGCGGUGGUUAUGAACAGAGAAUAUAAAACCGUAAUAUUUACUUCUAAUAUAUUUGAACUGUUUAAAUACUUCGUUUGGUGUUCAAGUACAAAUUGUAAA